AUGUAUGCUCACCAACUCAUUGUCUUUUACGCUGGCGGCCUUGCAACCUGCGUGCACGCGUCAGGUCUACUGCUGCGCGGCCAUCAAGUCCGACAAGAUACUCCUACACCAUGUACAUCAAACGCCGUGGAGACUGUUGCCACAAUUAAUCGAGGCAAUGAGGGCAUAUGGCACGUUAAAGCGAACCAAACCGGUGUGAAUGAGCUAUACCAAUUCACACAGACUGACUGGCUUGGCAAUAACAAGACCGCUGUGCUGAACGAGUGCACCAGUAUUUGCUUGACUGGCAACAGCGCAGAGACACCAGGUACAUGGCUUCCAAGUGGAAAAUACUUCCAAGGUGCCUUUAUCAACACUCCAGGUGGAUCGUCUCAGCAUCCAGUCUGGAUGUGCGCGUGCUACACCAACACGCUUUCCAUGGCUAAUCUUGUCGCCGGAGGUGGUGUUGCAAGUAAUCUUGACAAUGGCUUCAAUAAGCACCUGCUAAUUGAUUCACAGUGGGACAAUGGGUAUGGGAUUUUCGAGGACUUAUGCCAUUGUCUUUUAUCCCUUAUAUCAAUGGAAUUUCCCCAUUUUUUAAUCCCUUUUCUGGGAGAAGAGGAGGAAAGAGUGAGAGAGAAAGAGAGAGGCUAA